UUUAUUUACCUUCCAUUUUGAAUUUAAGUUUGGUGGAAGAGUUUUCAAAUUUUGGUUGUUACUUAUCUAUAUAAAUUGGUUAUGAUCAUGGAGUGGUAACACAAGAGUGGUUAGGGUUUUGGGUUGGUCAUUGGUGUUUUUGUGAAGCUUGAGAUCAGGAUUUAAUUUCGGAGGUCCAGAGAAUGGCAACAAAUUCUUCUAAUGGACAUCACCAAGAAACAACAAAGCAACCUCCUUUGCCAUCUCCCCUGCGCUUUUCCAAAUUUUUUCAGUCCAACAUGAGAAUCUUGGUUACUGGAGGAGCUGGAUUCAUUGGAUCUCACUUAGUCGACAGAUUGAUGGAAAAUGAAAAAAAUGAGGUCAUUGUUGCUGACAACUACUUCACUGGAUCCAAGGACAACCUCAAAAAAUGGAUUGGUCAUCCAAGAUUUGAACUUAUCCGUCAUGAUGUCACGGAGCCUUUGUUGAUUGAGGUUGAUCAGAUCUACCAUCUUGCAUGCCCUGCCUCUCCCAUUUUUUACAAAUACAAUCCAGUGAAGACAAUAAAGACAAAUGUGAUUGGCACACUGAACAUGCUUGGGCUUGCAAAGCGAGUUGGAGCAAGGAUUUUGCUUACAUCAACUUCAGAGGUAUAUGGGGAUCCUCUUGUGCAUCCCCAACCUGAAAGUUAUUGGGGCAAUGUUAACCCUAUUGGAGUUCGCAGUUGCUAUGAUGAGGGUAAACGCGUUGCUGAGACUUUGAUGUUUGAUUACCAUAGGCAGCAUGGGAUUGAAAUACGCAUUGCAAGAAUCUUUAACACAUAUGGACCACGCAUGAAUAUUGAUGAUGGGCGUGUUGUUAGCAACUUCAUUGCUCAAGCACUUCGGGGUGAACCCUUGACAGUCCAAUCUCCAGGAACACAAACUCGGAGUUUCUGCUAUGUCUCUGACCUGGUUGAUGGUCUUAUCCGUCUCAUGGAAGGGUCAAACACUGGGCCAAUCAACCUUGGAAACCCAGGUGAAUUUACAAUGACAGAACUUGCUGAGACAGUGAAAGAGCUUAUUAAUCCAACUGUGGAGAUCAAGAAUGUGGAGAACACUCCUGAUGAUCCUCGACAAAGAAAACCAGACAUAACCAAGGCACAAGAAUUGUUGGGCUGGGAGCCGAAGGUGAAGUUGCGGGAUGGUCUUCCUCUUAUGGAAGAGGAUUUCCGUUUGAGGCUUGGAGUUAGCAAAAAGAGUUAACUUGUUUUCGCACCUUUGGUGACAUGUCAAAGUAGAAAUAAUAUGUGAGAUGAGUAUGGUGGUUUUCAAAAUUUUCAUCCUUAUACUGGGGAAGUUGGGGUGCCUGAAUUUUGGCGUCUACAGCUAUCACACUUUUUAAUAUUACAUCUUGUUUUUCGUUUCGCAAAAGACUACAGCAUGUCACUUCAAAUUUUGCUGGUUAAAAGACGAUUGAAUUUGAUAA